AUGAACUUCGAUCCAGCAAAGCUGCCUAAAGAACCUGACAGUGUAUACAUUAGUCCCAUUUGGUUAAAUCACUCUGAUCAUUCUUCUAACUCUGGGUCAUCAUCGUUCAACAUUUCCGAGCGUACCUCUACUUCUUCAAAUAUUUCCCCUCUUCCCAAUACAAAUAGCUUUCUUCAUUCCGAAGAAACACCUAUUACUAACGAAGCUCUUUCACACUCCCUCCUUCAUCAAGAGGAAUUGAGCAGGUAUCCUUCCUUCUUUUGCAAUCCUAAUAAUGGCAUUAACUCCUCUGCAAGUAGCAGAGAAGGAUUUAAAGGUUCAGAUUAUGCUCAAAGUAUCAUUAAUCCGUCCUUGUUCGGGCACUUUGAUGCUAAUUGGAUUUACCGGUGCAAAGAGGAGGAUGAUGAUAUUCAUAAUCCAAAUUUUUCCGUCCUCAGUGUUGAUCAAUAUAAGAAGUCUUUGGGUUGGUCUCGCUGGGGGGAUAUUAUAUCGCUUCUUCUUUUAUUACUUGGUUUCAUUUUGCUUUUCAUAAUCUUCCCAGCGUUGACCUACACUGGAAAUGUUUCUCCUAAAAAGGAACAUAACCCUGCUAUGGCUGAGCAAGUUACUGAUCAUCUAUUUGGUCUUUUGCGUUUUCCUCGAACUGACCUGGUGGAUCCUGACACUCCAGAUUCUGCGCUAACCAAGGUUGGUGUAAAUGGAAAAAACUACAAACUGAUGUUUUCUGAUGAAUUCAAUAAACCAGGUAGGAGUUUCUAUCCUGGAGAUGACCAGUUCUGGGAGGCGUCGGAUUUACAUUAUGCUGCAACUAAUGACUUGGAGUGGUAUGAUCCAGAUGCAAUAACUACUGUCAAUGGUACAUUGGAUAUUAAACUAGAAUCUUUUGCAAAUCAUAAUUUGAAUUUUCGAUCCGGCAUGUUGCAAUCAUGGAACAAGCUUUGUUGGAAGGGCGGCAUCAUAGAGAUUUCUGCUUCACUUGGAGGCUCUGGUGAGCACGCUGGCUUAUGGCCCGGUCUGUGGACAAUUGGUAACCUCGCUCGUCCUGGUUAUAUGGCCACGACAGAAGGAGUAUGGCCUUAUUCUUAUUCCCAGUGUGACGCUGGAAUAACACCAAAUCAGUCAUCUUGGGAUGGCAUAUCGUAUUUACCCGGACAAAAAUUGUCUAGCUGCACAUGCGAUGGUGAAGAUCAUCCUAGCCUUGGCGUUGGCCGUGGCGCACCAGAGAUCGAUGCGCUUGAAGGAUCUACUGAAAAGCUUAACCCGGAUGAUGAGCUUGACGUUGGGUCCGCUUCCCAAUCUAGUCAGUUUGCUCCAUUUGAUCUGUUCUAUCUUCCAAAUUAUGAUUAUUUGGUAAUCCACAAUCAAAGCGUAACCCACAUGAAUUCUUAUGUGGGUGGUCCGUUUCAGCAAGCAUUAUCCGGAAUAACUAUUUUAAACAAUAGUUGGUAUGAACGGAGGGCUUUCCAAACUUAUGGUUUUGACUAUAAGCCAGGUGAAGCCGAUGGAUAUGUAUCAUGGUUUGUAGGUCCCAAUCACACUUGGACAAUGCUUGGAGCAGCUGUUGGUCCUAACGGUAACGUCGGGGCCCGACAAAUAAGCGAGGAACCCAUGUCCAUCGUAUUUAAUUUGGGUAUCUCAAAUAAUUGGGCUUAUUACUACUUCCGGGAUUUGCAUAUGCCAGCCACCAUGUCGAUUGAUUUCAUCCGUAUUUAUCAGGACCCUGAAGAUGACAAUAUGCACAUUGGAUGUGAUCCACCUGGGUAUCCUACAACUGAGUAUAUUGCAAACCAUCCUAUUGCUUAUAAAAACGCGAACAAAACGAGCUGGGAAAUGACUGGAUACGAAUGGCCAAAGAAUAGUUUAAUGCAUGGUUGUAGUGUUUAA